AAUUCCUGCACAGAACCAGGUCUGCCAUUUUAAAGAGGGGAAAUCUUACUUUUUUAGAUUGUAUCCACCUCCAGAUUACCUCCUGAGUAUCUUCUGAAUAUCUCCAAUGCACUUGUAGAUCAGCACUUGCUAUAGCAGCCUUGGAAAUAGAUUGUGGGGGUCUAUCAUGUGGAUCUGUCAGAUUUACCACCUGUCUGCUGUAUUGUAUUGAAUUGUUACAGAUGACAAAUCAGGGGGACGAUCUGACUGAUAUUAAAGUAGAGGAUGAAGAAGAGAGGAUGAUGGGCGAUCCCCCAUGUAAGAGUGAGGAGGACAUUCCAGGAGAUGUCACCACAGCAGAAAAUCCCAGUACAAAUUCUGAAGGAAAUUUGUUGUCACUAAAUUAUAAAGUAGAAGAUGAAGAUAUGCAGCGCUCUUCAGGAGAAAAUAUUAAUGUAUAUCCAGGACUUCACAGUACAUAUAAUCUUCCUAAUCAUGAGGAACCUUCUCUUGACCAGAAAGAGGGUAAAAUGUUUCACUGUGGUAAAGAGUUCACAAAAAGAUCAAGUCUUUCUACAAAUAGAAGAAUUUGCAUCGGGGAGAAGCCAUACUCCUGUUCAGAAUGUGGGGAGUGCUUUACACAUAAAGCACAUCUUGUUAGACAUAAAAAAAGCAACACAGAAGAGAUGUUUAAGUGUUCAGAAUGUGGGAAAGGUUUUAAAAUGAAAUCAAAUCUUGUCAUACAUGAGAGAAUUCACACAGGAGAGAAACCAUAUUCAUGUUCAGAAUGUGGGAAAUGUUUUACAAAUAAAUCAAAUCUAGUUAUACAUGAGAGAAAUCACACAGGAGAGAAGCCAUAUUCAUGUUCAGAAUGUGGAAAAUGUUUUAAAGAUCAAUCAGGUCUUGUUAGACAUAAGAGAAAUCACACAGGAGAGAAGCCAUAUUCAUGUUCAGAAUGUGGGAAAUGUUUUACACAAAAAUCAGAUCUUGUUAGACAUGAGAGAAGUCACACAGGAGAGAAGCCGUAUUUGUGUUCAGAAUGUGGUAAAUGUUUUGCACAAAAAUCUGAUCUUGUUAAGCACAAGAGAAGUCACACAGGAGAGAAGCCAUAUUUGUGUUCAGAAUGUGGGAAAUGUUUUACACAGAAAUCAGAACUUGUUACACAUCAGAGAUUUCACACAGGAGAGAAGCCAUAUUCAUGUUCAGAAUGUUGGAAAUGUUUUACAGAUAUAUCAGGUCUUGUUAGACAUGAGAGAAGUCACACAGGAGAGAAGCCGUAUUUGUGUUCAGAAUGUGGGAAAUGUUUUACACAAAAAUCAAAUCUUGUUACACAUCAGAGAAGUCACGCAGGAGCAAAUUUCUGAAAUCAACAGAUUCUAUUUGGGUACUAGUGUUGAUCACGAAUAUUCGAAUUGCGAAUUCUAAUCGCAAAUAUCGACACUUCGAGAAUUCGCAAAUAUUUAGAAUAUCGCAAAAUAUAUUCAUAAUCACAAAUAUGAAAUUUUUGUAAAAAUACCAGUUUAUGCAAAUUUUUAUGUGAAAAUUUCAUCACUCAAUAAAAUAAUGCCUGGAGAUCAUGAAUUUGCAAAUUCUCAAAUAUAUGGCGAAUAUUCGCCCAAAUAUUCGUGAAAUAUCGCGAAUUCGAAUAUUGCCCCUGCCGCUCAUCACUAUUGGGUACAAAUAAAUUCAAACCAAAGUGACAGUGCUCAGAUUGCCCUAAUAAAUUGUGGAUGACAUUCUAAAGUCUUCUAGGGCUUUAACGCCAAGGCAGCAUUGGCAAUCUUAAAGCGGCAGUGAAAUAGUUAGAUAUGGUUAAACAUGGUGGCCGGUGGUAAUAAGCAAACUGUUUAACAACAUAUUGCACUUUUGGCUUUGUUAUGCUUUUUAAAAUAAAAAAAAAAUCAUCCAAAACAUCUCUAUUGGGGUAGAUGUCUGGCAGUGUUUACACUCAGGGUGGUGUCAGAAGCAGUGACUUGUUCUGAACAAGAAUUUCAAGAAUGCUCACUUUUUGGGGAGCAGCAGCAGUAUUGUACUGAACCUGACAGACAAGUAGUAGUAAUGGGAGCAGUACAAUAUUUACCUGACAAAGUAGGAGAUCUGCAGCUGUGUACGGGGUAGUAGUAAUAGCAGCAGGUGUAGUGGUAGCUGCAGCAGCAGGAGUACGGUAUGAAACAUGAGAGACAAGGAGGCAGCAGAUUUGCGCCUGUGUAGGAGUAGCAGUAGUGGCAAUGGUGGCGGUAGUAGCUGUAGCAGUACGGUAUGAAAUCUGACAGACAAGGCAGGAGAUUUGCGCCUGUGUAGGGGUAGCAGUUGUGGCGUUGGUGGCAGUAGUAGCUGCAGCAGUACGGUAUUGAAUCUGACAGACAAGGCAGGAGAUGUGCACCUGUGUAGGAGUAGUAGUAGCAGUGUAGGGAACAUGAUGGACAGGUAGACAGCGGCAGUGGCAUCAUUGGGCUGGUGAUAAAUAGCCACUGUCCACAAUAGAAGAUCUUAUGGAUCCAUUUUCACAAAUUGUUUUCUCUGACAGUACACUGGAGGCUGGAUAAAACAGUACACUGAUAGCAAACCGGGCCCGUACCUGCGGCUCGUCCACUCUGUUGACCCAGAGGUAAGGGCACAGCACGGGUACAACUAAGGCUACUUUCACACUUGCGUUCAGAGCAGAUCCGUCUCAGACGGAUCCGCUCAUAUAAUGCAGAC